AUGACGGGGUGGACGACGUUCCGCCAGAGGCACGAGAAUCCACCCGACUUGCCCAGAGCAGAAGCCCGCAUGGCGCCCGAUGGAGGAGGGGAGGGGGCCAGCUGA